AUGGCGUCGUUCCCACAUAAAGUGCGCAGGCACAUCGACAUAGGUUUAAAGCAAAAGCAAAAAAUUGACUCGACUACCGGCGGUUCACAUCACAGCACACCUCCAGCCAGUCCUGUCAAGAAAACUAACAUUAUCGAUGCAACGGAUGGUCGAGGCACUUUCUUCGAACGGGCGCUGAUCUUACCAAGAAUCUUAAUGUAA